AUGUCUUUAGCUAGCCCGACAGGAGGGUUUAUUGUCACUGUUCGUCGGGCAGAGGAUGACUGCGACAAGCCCUGUAUCUUCCGCUGGAGCGACCUGUGUGAUGGAUGGGGUCCCUCUGGCUUCGUAAUCUUUCAGCACACGCCAGAUGGUCUAAAAAGGGUCGAAGUAACGCCUAAGCGGCCACCUCCUCAGACUCUCAAGAUCACAGGAUAUGAAGUUGAGACAGAAGAACUUCUUCCUGGACAAACUCUCCGAAGAAAUAUAGGCGCCCCGGAUCCCUUUUUGAAUCACAUGGUGGCUGGUGAGAGAUAUAAGCUAGUCUGGCUUGGGGCUGAAUAUGCCUUGUGGGCCUGGGGCACCUUGCGCGAGCAUUGGGAGCAAGAAAUUGGGGUUACCUCCGGGCUACCCCUUGUUGUCAUCCCGGGGGAGCUUCCUGUUCUUUUCUCUGCGUAG